CGGAGGGGCUGACGCGUGCGCACUGGACGGGGUUUUUGGCGGGCGUUGCGCAGAAGCGGCGGCUGUGAGGGGUUACAAACCAGGGAGGGGGAAGUUGCUUCCGCUCCGAGCCCGCUACUUUCCCCAGGAAUUGGGUAGCCUUUGUGCAUUAGGUGCAACUUCUGCGCUAUGGGAAAGAGAAACAGGAGGACAGCAGAUAGUUCGUCCUCUGAAGAGGAGGAGGAAUAUGUUGUGGAGAAGGUUCUAGACAGGCGUGUUGUGAAGGGUCAAGUGGAGUAUCUUCUCAAGUGGAAAGGAUUCUCUGAGGAGCAUAAUACUUGGGAACCUGAGAAGAACCUUGACUGCCCUGAACUGAUUUCUGAGUUUAUGAAAAAAUACAAAAAAAUGAAGGAAGGUGAGAACAAGCCUCGAGAGAAAUCAGAGAGUGCCAAGCGGAAGUCAAGCCUUGCCAACAAUACUGAGGACAUCAAAGCCAAAAAGAAGAGAGAGAGCACCGAUAUUGCCAGGGGCUUUGAAAGAGGAUUGGAGCCGGAAAAGAUCAUUGGAGCCACAGACUCUUGCGGCGAUUUAAUGUUCCUAAUGAAAUGGAAAGACACGGAUGAGGCUGACCUGGUUCUAGCGAAAGAAGCCAACGUCAAGUGUCCUCAAAUUGUGAUAGCGUUUUAUGAAGAGAGACUGACCUGGCACGCGUACCCAGAAGACGCUGAAAGCAAAGAGCGGGAAGCAGUGAAAAGCUAAAGUGGCCAGGGUCCUCUGUCCGUCCAUAGUUGUACAUAUCCACCCUCCUUUCCCCUCCACCCAAAUGCAUCCAUGAAAAUGUGCUUAUUACUGUGCUCCACAGGAGAAAUGUUGAUAUUGGUUGGGUUAGCCAUAACAUUAAUGGUGUGAGUCACGUUUGGUUUCACUCCAAAAGAUUGACAUGGUGUGUGUGUGUGUAUGUGUGUUCCUUGUUCCCCUUAUCUCACAAUCCCCCAAAAAUCUGUUUUCACUUUGAAAUCCCUCUGAGUCUCCAGGCCAUUUGUCUCCCCCCCCCCCCACCCCGGGUUCCUCACUUUCGCAUCAUUUUGAGAGUGAAGGGUUAUUGUUUCCCAUUGGCCUAAAAGAAGACUCUAUAACUGACAGGGGGUACCGGGAAGACCUAUCUGACUCAGAACACUCUUUGGAUUCUGAGAUUACCCAAAUAAUUCUCAAGCCAGGA